AUGGAACCCGAGUGCGAUCAAUUCUCGAUUGAAAGUAAAAACAGGGAGAUUCAGCAUAAAGGUACUGAAAACCUGGCCAUCCGCAACACCGUUUUCCGCCGCUGGCUAGCUCUACUUGCUUUGAAAACCACGGCAAGACUCUACACACCGAUGGGCUCCUGUAUCCCAAUCACAAGAAAUAAGAUAGUCAAGACGGGUCCAUACGUGCACCUCACUGAAGGAGCAACUAUCGAAUUUAUCGGCCAGAAUACAUCUAUCCCAGUACCCAGGGUAUACUGCUCUUUCGUCCACAAGAACCGCGCUUUUAUUGUCAUGAGAAGGAUUCGAGGUAAUGACAUACCGACGGCGUGGCGGAAGUUAUCCGAACAGUCUCGCCAGAAAAUCUUUGAUCAAUUGAUGAGCAUGAUCCAAGAGAUGCGCUCACUAAAGCCGCCUCCAGGAACGGGAGUUGAGAACUGCGUUGGCGGAUCAUUACGAGAUCCUCGAAACCCCCGCUCCAAUCCCCGUUUUGGUCCGUUUAAAACUACCCAAGAGUUCCACCUUUGGCUCCGAGCGAAUUUCCACCCUUCUCAAAUCGAAGGUCGAGAGAACGACCCCGAGUGGCAGGAUGUUCGAGAGAUGGAAGCUUGA